AUGGAAGCGUCAACACUUCCCGAUACAGAUAUCCCUCAUAAAAAGAUCAAAACUCAAAUGGAUAUGAUCAAGUUUAAGAAAUCAAAAGCCUUUUUGAUUUUUGAUAAUUUCAUGAAGGAAUUGAAUGAAGCAACAAAAUCAAAACCUAAUCCGCAAGAUUUUUCUAACGCCUCACCCAUUGUAUUUGUUAUAUUAUCAUACUUUGAUGAAUUAGAAGAAUUUAUUAAUUUAUAUCCACCUGUACAAAUUAAAGAUGGACAAACAUCACGAUUCGGAAACUUGGCUUAUCGUGACUGGUUUGACAAAAUGUGCUCGGAGUCUGAUAGAAUGAUGGAAACACUCCUUGACAAGGCUUUGGAGUGUUCUAAUACAUUGAGAAAUCAAUAUGGUCGUGAUGGUGGUAGCAACAAUGAAAGUACACCAUCUUCAUCUUCUUCAUCGACACCUUCAUCUUGCGAAAAUGCAUCAUCGUUCUACUUUGUAAAGGAAGACUGGCACCGAAAAGAAUUGAGUGCAUAUUGGAAAGACAGCUUUGGAAAUAGAACACGUAUUGAUUAUGGAACAGGACACGAGGCUACUUUUUGCGCAUGGAUGUGCUGUUUAGCUCGGUUGAACGUUUUCACAAGAAAAGAUUCUUACCAUAUGGUUGCUGUUAUAUUUCCUCGCUAUGUCGAAGUAAUGCGUAAAAUAUUAUUAGUGUACAGAUUAGAACCUGCUGGAUCUCAUGGAGUAUGGGGUUUGGAUGAUCAUCAAUUUUUAACUUAUUUAUGGGGAAGUGCUCAAUUAAUUAACAACCCAGAAGAUAUUAAGCCUGCUUCUAUUCAUGAUGCACAAAUCAUAGAAAGAUAUUCUGACAAGUACAUGUACCUAGCAGGUAUCAAAUUCAUCAACCAAGUGAAAAAAGGGCCAUUUGGAGAGCAUUCACCUCUAUUGAACGAUAUCAGUGGCGUUCCAAGAUGGAUGAAAAUCAAUUCUGGCCUUAUUAAGAUGUACUACGAUGAAGUACUUUUCAAAUUUGUGGUCAUUCAACACUUUUUAUUUGGAAAAUUGUUGCCAUUCGAACCUGCUGAAGAAAAGUAUUCCAAUACCCAUCACAGUCGCUCUACUGGCAUGACACCUCCAACCAUGUCCUUGCCAAAUCUUUCUGAAAUCCAUGAGACCCGUCAUCAUCCUCGUACUUCCUCUCCUUACACUCCAACAGUGUUGCCGUCUGCCUUGGCAUCAUCACACCCUCAUUCUACAGUACCUCCUCUCACACUUGCUCCUCAAUCACAAUUUACAACUACGACCAUUCGCCCUCCACUAAAAUCCACUACAGCCACAUUGAGCUCAGAGAAAAAAGCAAAGCAGGAAGAGUAA